GGGUAACUGGCAAUGCUACUUAAUAUUUGUAUAACCAUAAACGGGACUGGGGGUGCAUGAUAGUGGGAGGAGCGACUUGUGGGUCCAGGUGUUAGUUUUGCGGAAACUCCGCAUCAGAUAAGCGCAGCAUUUUCGGAGCGCAUCGCCUUUGCGGCGCCGCCGUCCCUGUUAAGCAUUUCGGAGACUUUUACUAAGGGCGCCUUUGCGAGGCUUUUCCGCAAUUUAAGGAGAGCAGUUGCGGCCGGAUCGCCAGUGGGCUCGCCAGCCUUAAUGGUACUUUUCCUGCGAUCCAACUCCCGGCUUCCUCCUUCUCCUCCCACCUCCUCCUCCUCCUCCUCCACUCUGAACAUCGCCAAGUCACCGGAGACGAUCGCUUCUCCACCAGGCCAGACUUUACACAACCGGGAGGUUGAAAAAGGCACCGACGAAGUGUGGAGGGGUUAAAGAAACAGAGUAAAAAAGAGAGAAUGUUUAAAAGGAGCAAAAGCCAAGUGCUGGUGGACGACACGCCGGAUGAGGGCGAGGAGGCUCAAUGGCAUCGCCGGCACACGGACGUGGAUAAGGAAGAGGAUGGAGAGGAUGAGGAAAUCACAAGCCCAGCGUCAAAGGAUCUCAAAGUUAAAAUAAUCAGAUCCAAGAAAGAUAAGAAACUCUUUUCUUCUGAAGAUGACGAGCAUUUUCUCCUGACGGGAGUCACUCCGUCGGAGGCCAGAGGAUCUGCCAAGAAGAGUAAGGAGGAGGAUAAGAGGACAUAUCUGGAAAAGGGCCAGUGCUUCUGGGACAGUGUCACCAUGACUAUGAAGCAGAUCACGCCCACAAAGAAAAUGGGUAAGCUGGAAGGCUGGGAGCCGCCGAGCGUCGGCGAGAUGACGCAGGCGACGGACGAGCAUGUGGCCGGGGACACUCUCAUCCACCAUGACGCGGCCCUACCCUGGACGGACCUCGAAGGGGACUUGUCCAAAUAUGCCAGCCUGUCGGGGCCACGUGCCCCCGGGCCCCGAUGGACCACCAAGGCCAAGGAUAAGCUGGCCAGUAUUAGGAGGCGGAGCCUCUCUGAGAACUGGGAGGGGCUUAAGUAAAGGCAAGCCCACUGUCCUAUGAGAAAGCAGCACCUGUUUGUCCUCUCUGUUGUGCGGGAUCAGCCUUUAGUUAUUGCAAAGUUAACACACCGCUUUGUGAUAGCAGAAAGGGCGACUUUGACAAAUGGGGCAAAAAUAAAAUGUGUUGGUGCAUUAAGCCUCAGGAAGUGGAAUAAGUUAAUCUGGAUGUCUGUGGCCUGUUAAUGAGGGCUGCAGUGGAAAUGAAGUGGAAAGCGAGAAUAGAUGGAGUCGGAAAGAUAAAAAGCCUUACAGCAGCUACAGACAGCUUCUUAAAGAUGACAGACACAAAGAUAAAUGACCUUAUGCAGGACACUUUUUAGAAUAUAGCAACUCUUGUUAUUUUUAACACCUUAUGUUUUUGGUUUUGAAAGGCUGGUUUACCGCCUGGAUUAAGCUGCACAAGACAUUUUUACUGAAAUUGUGCUGUUGAUGAAUGUAAAAUUCAGACAAUAUGAACUACUGUCAGCACAGACUAAAUCUGUACAUUAACUAUUAACUAUAAAAUCCACAAUUGUUGUAUAUAUUUUUGAAAAAUUUGUUUUUUAAAAUGACCUUAUUUUAGGUUCUGUCCAUAAGGUUGUUUGUCCAAAUGGAUGGUUUUAUAUUGCAUGGAAAAUGCAGAGCGGACCAAACGAUCUCCGCCCGCGUUUUUAAUGCUGCCCUCUUAGGCAUAUUCAGUUUCUCAGUGCUGUUCACCUUUUUCGUGACAGUUUCCAACUGCAUGCUCUCAUCCCAGCCCUCUGGGUCAUACCAAUAGACAUUCUGCUAUUAUGGGCCUUCCUGUUAUGCUCCAUUCACGGAAGCAUACAGGUUCAUUUCUUCUAAUCGAUUGUUUUCUUGCCUUUUUUUGCAGCUUGUUUGAAUCAAAAGUUAUCUUACAGCAAUCAGUCUAUUCUGACUUUCAUCCAUGCACAGGUGCCUAUUAUUGUAGACAUGUAAACUGUAUUAAAAUACACGCUUUGCUCAAA